AUGCUGCCGUACCUUUUCCCUGACCUUGCCGCCAUUGCCACAGUCGCUGACCUCAUUGCUCACCUCCGCACUAGCGAUGCCCGCUACCGCGCUGCCCUUCCCACUGAGGACCACUUUCUCAGCCUUUGCCCCACCGAGCUCACUGUCGACCUACUAGAGGAGUGCCUCACUGCAGCUGAGAAGAGUAUCUUAGCUGUAGGUGCUUCUCGCGGCGACCGUCGCACCCCUUUCUUUAAGGGGUGUUCCCCUGUCCCCCUUCUCCCCUUUGUUGCUUCUGCUACUGCUGUCGACCUUGUUGGCACUGAGGAGGUCGGAGCUGCGUCUGCCCCUAGUGGGAGGCGCCGCAACAGCAAGGGCAAGGGGAGCAAGGGUGGUGGAGGGGACGGCGGGGGCAGCGGCGGAGGCGGUAGAGGAGGCGGAGGGGGUGGCAGUGGAGGUGGGGGUGGUGCCGGGAGUGGGGGCUUGAGUGGCGGCGGUGGAGGUGGUGGAGGCAGCGGCGGAGGUGGUGGAGGCAGCGGCAGCGGUGGUGGAGGUAGCUGCAGCGGUGGUGGCGGUGGCGGCGGCGGUGGUGCUGGUCGAGGUGCAGCCGCACAGCGUGGAGGCUUUGGUGGUAGCCAGCGCCAGCAGCAGCCGCGUUCCCGUGAGACCCCGUCUGCCCAGCAGCUUCGUUAUGUCCCGCCCGACCCGGGCAUUGCGGCUGCUGCUCUAGGUGCUAGUGCGUCUGCUGCUCCAGGUACUGGUGAGUCUACUGCUCCAGGUGCUGGUGAGUAUGCUCUCUCUGGUACUGCACCUACUGAGGCCUUGCACACUUUCACACUUGACUCUGGUGCUUCGCGCUCUUUCUUUAGAGACAGCACCACACUCACGCCGCUCCGUCGGCCUGUCGCAGUCUCCCUGGCUGACCCCUCUGGGGGCCCAGUCCUUGCGCACUCUUCCACGGUUCUACCGUGUCCUGCGGCCCCGUCGGGCUUGCUGUCGGGACUCCACCUCCCCUCGUUCUCUACGAACCUGGUGAGUGGAGCUGACCUCCAGGACGCGUGGGUUGACCAGUUCACCCCUGGAGGUCUAGUCCUGCGUCUGCCCCCUGCUCGUGUCGUCCUCUGUCGCACGAGACUCUCCUUUGGCACCAUCGCCUUGGUCACCCCACCCUGCCUCGUCUUCGAGGGCCGGCAGCGCGCCGCUCCUCACUCCUCCACGUUCCCCCCGACAGAGGCUCCUCUGCAGACUCUUCACAUGGACGUGUGGGGCCCAGCCCGCGUCCGUGGACAGGGUCACGAGCGUUACUUCCUGCUGGUCGUUGACGACUACUCGCGUUACACCACAGUCUUCCCCUUGCGCAGCAAGGGCUAG